AUGGCCGUCAUCUGGGGCCUCGACCUCCACGAAAUCCGCUGGUCCAAAUUCGCAAACUCUAAUAUGUGGUCCCGGCGGUACCACCUCCGCCGCACCAAAUUCAUCGUCUACCAGCUCGCCAUGAUCCUCUGCGUCGUGUCGGAAUCCCUCGGCACGGCCGCGCUCUCCGACUACGUCUCGCAGCAGCGCUUCAUCGAGCGGCACGACGGGCGCGCUGCGGUGCACAACGACGAUUUCGUUGGCGCGGCGAGCUACAACAUCUUCGUUGGGAUAUACGUCGCGACGAUUUUCGGGGCCGGCUUCUUCUUCGAUCUGAUCUGGCCGGAGCGGCGGGAGUCGAGGGCGGUAAGGUGGGCGUGGAGGGUGUGUUCGGUGCUGGCGUGUUUGUUUGCGCUGAGUAGUGCGAUUGCUGUUACGGUCAUCACCGCAUCCUCCCGCGCCCGCAUCACAGGCGUCGACGCCGCCACCGCUCGUGCCGACCUCAAAGCCUCCGGCGACUACCCGCUCGAGUACUCUUCCAACGCGCACGCCAUCGCCUCAGUCGUCUUCGAGUGGGCUGGCUUGCUGGCGACCAUUGCUGCUACCAUCGUUCUGUGGAUGAGCUAUCGGCACAACGAGAGAUUCGGUCCCUUGAGCGCGCAUGUGAGGGCGGAGGAAGGGGUAAAGGAGAAAAACCCGGGGGUCGAGGAGAAUGCGAAUGCGUUUGAUGCUGCACCGGUCACAGGUGGCACGUCGCAGACUGAACCGCCAAGACACGAAGCGGUAUAA